UCUCCGGCGCGCCGCCAGCAGCUGCCAGAAGGAGAGCGCGACGUCCGCCUGUCAGCCAGCCAGAGUCAGCAGAGGAGAACAAGAAAAAAUCGUCUGUGUCGCGUGCGUGUGUGCCCCGAGAGGAGGUUUAUUUUUUCUUUCUUUUCCCCCGUGCGAAUGCGAAAUAAUGGCUGCGGAUCAGGCUCAGUUUCAGCAGCUGCUUAAUUCCCUGCUCUCGAUCGACAACGAUGUCCGGACGCAGGCCGAGGAGGCCUACAACAACCUGCCAUGCGAGGGCAAGGUGACACACCUGCUGGGAGCGGUCCAGAGCCAGCAGAUGGCCGAGGACGCCCGCAUGAUGGCGGCGGUGCUGCUGCGGCGGCUGUUCAGCGCCGAGUUCCAGGACUUUUACAACCCGCUGCCGCCGGAGUCGAAGGAACAGCUGAAGCAGCAGGUUCUGCUGACGCUGCAACUGAACGAAAGUCCGGGCCUGCGGCGUAAGAUCUGCGAGGUCGUGGCCGAGGUGGCGCGCAACCUGAUCGACGACGACGGCAACAACCAGUGGCCGGAGUUUCUGCAGUUUCUGUUCCAGUGUGCGAGCGCCCCGAGCGUCCAGCUGCAGGAAUCGGCGCUGCGAAUCUUCUCGUCGGUGCCGGGCAUCUUCGGCAACCAGCAGGGUCAGCACCUGCAGCUGAUUAAGCAAAUGUUGGUCAAAUAUCUGGACCCGUCGUCCGAUCCGGAGGUGCGCUUCCAGGCGGUUCGUGCCGUCGGUGCGUUUAUUCUGCUGCACGACAAGGAAGAUGACGUCCAGCGUCAGUUUGGCGAUUUGCUGCCACGGGUGAUUAUGAUUACGGCCGAAAGUAUCGACGAACAGGACGAUCAGACGCUGAUUAAGCUGUUGAUUGACAUGGCCGAAAGUGUCCCACGGUUUCUGCGGCCGCAGCUUGAGCCGAUCUUCGAGAUGUGCAUGAAGGUGUUUAGCAGUCCGGACGUGGAGGACAGUUGGCGCCACUUGGCUCUGGAGGUGAUGGUUUCGCUGUCGGAGAAUGCUCCGGCGAUGGUUCGCAAGCGGGCGGAGAAGUACGUGGCUUCGUUGGUUCCGCUGGUGCUACAGAUGAUGACCGACCUGGAGGACGACGAGGAGUGGUCGGUGUCGGAUGAGAUCGCCGAGGAUGACACGAGCGACAACAACGUGAUUGCCGAGUCGGCGUUGGAUCGCUUGGCGUGUGGUCUUGGGGGGAAGGCCAUUCUGCCGCACAUUGUCGGAAACAUUCCAAACAUGUUGAACAGUCCGGACUGGAAGCAACGGCACGCUGCGCUGAUGGCCAUCUCGGCCGCUGGCGAGGGUUGCCACAAGCAGAUGGAGACCAUGCUGGAGAACAUCAUGCAGGGCGUGCUCAAGUAUUUGAUGGAUCCCCACCCGAGGGUUCGUUACGCCGCGUGUAACGCCAUCGGUCAAAUGGCCACCGACUUUGCGCCGGUCUUCGAGAAAAAGUUCCACGAACAGGUCAUCCCGGGACUGCUUAGCUUGCUCGAUGACGUGCAGAACCCGCGAGUACAGGCUCACGCCGGAGCGGCUCUGGUCAACUUUAGCGAGGAUUGUCCGAAGAACAUCUUGACGCGUUACUUGGACGGAAUAAUGGGCAAGCUGGAGGCGAUUCUGACCACCAAGUUCAAGGAGCUGGUCGAGAAGGGCACCAAGCUGGUGUUGGAGCAGGUCGUGACGACGAUUGCGUCGGUCGCGGACACCACGGAGAAGGACUUUGUCGGAUAUUACGAUCGGUUGAUGCCCUGCCUGAAGUACAUCAUCCAGAACGGCAACAGCGAAGAUCUGCGACUGCUGCGUGGCAAGACGAUCGAGUGCGUCUCGUUGAUUGGACUGGCUGUGGGUGCGGAAAAGUUCAUGUCCGAUGCGUCGGAUGUGAUGGACAUGCUGCUGAAGACCCACACCGAGGGAGAUCUGCCGGACGAUGAUCCGCAGACGUCGUAUCUGAUUUCCGCUUGGGCGCGAAUUUGCAAGAUCUUGGGCAAACAGUUCGAGCAGUAUUUGCCACUGGUGAUGGGACCGGUCAUGAGGACGGCCUCGAUGAAGCCGGAAGUGGCCCUGCUGGACAACGACGAGGUGCAGGACGUGGACGGUGACAACGACUGGCAGUUUGUGAACCUGGGUGAACAGCAGAACUUUGGAAUCCGCACGGCCGGACUCGAGGACAAGGCGUCGGCUUGCGAAAUGUUGGUUUGCUACGCCCGCGAGCUGAAGGAUGGUUUCGCCAACUACGCCGAAGAGGUGGUCCGUCUAAUGGUGCCCAUGUUGAAGUUCUACUUCCACGACGGAGUCCGCACGGCCGCGGCUGAAUCGCUGCCCUAUCUGCUGGACUGCGCCAAGAUCAAGGGACCGACCUACCUGGAAGGAAUGUGGCUGUACAUCUGCCCCGAGCUGCUCAAAGCCAUCGACUCCGAACCGGAACCGGACGUACAAGCCGAACUGCUCCACUCACUGGCCAAAUGUAUCGAAACCCUCGGCGCCGCCUGCCUCUCCAAGGAAGCUAUGGACGAAGUGCUCAAGAUCAUCGACAAGUUCAUGAACCAGCACUUCCAAAAGGAAGAGAAACGCGCCCUGGCCCGCAAGGAAGAGGACUACGACGAUGGCGUUGAGGAGCAGCUCGCCGAAGAGGACGACGCCGACAUCUAUCUGCUGUCCCGGAUUUCCGACAUUAUCCACGCCCUGUUCCUCACCUACAAGGACGGCUUCCUGCCGUACUUCCAGCAGGUCGUGCCACACUUUGUCAAACUGCUCGACCCGACCAAGGCCUGGGCCGACCGGCAGUGGGGACUCUGCAUAUUCGACGAUCUUAUCGAAUACAGCGGUCCGAUGAGCGCCCAGUACCAGGCCUACUUCCUGCAGCCGAUGCUGGAGUACAUCAAGGACAAGCAACCGGAGGUGCGGCAAGCGGCCGUGUACGGAUGUGGCGUGCUGGCACAGUUUGGCGGCGAUCAGUACUCGAUGACGUGCGCCCAGGCCAUCCAGCUGCUGAUCGAGGUGAUCAUGGUGCCGGGCAGCCGCGAACCGGAGAACGUCAACCCGACGGAGAACGCCAUCUCAGCCGUUACGAAGAUCCUCAAGUAUAACAACAAGGCGCUCACGAACCCGGACGAAAUCAUUGCACUUUGGUUCUCGUGGCUCCCGGUGGUGGAGGACGACGACGAGGCGAUCCACGUGUACGGCUACCUGUGCGAUCUGAUCCAGGCGAACCAUCCGGUCGUGCUCGGCGAGAACAACUCGAACCUCCCGCGGAUCGUGUCCAUCUUCGCCGAGGCGUUCUACCGCGAGGCCAUGUCCGUGGGCCACGCCGAGUCGACGCGGAUGCUGGCCAUCGUCAAGCAGAUCGAGGCCAGUCCGGACAUUUUCCAGGCGUGCAUAAACCAGCUGACGGCGGAACAGAAGGCGGCCCUCGAGGAGGCGUACCGAGCAGCGGCGGCGAUCCCGAUUGCGCAGUAAACAGCAAAGUUUGGUGGCCAAUUGAACAGAGAGAAACAACAGUUUGUGUCAAGGAGAGGAACGGAAUCGCGAGAAAGUGAGAGAGAGAGAGAGCAUGAGACAUGAAAAGUGAGAGUGAGAAACCCCCGAAUUUAGGACCAUCCGGAGAUUGAUGUUUUUGUUUGUUCGUCGUGGACAGAGGAACUGUGGGACGUGAAUGUGUUAAGUUUUGGUUAUUAUUUCACCUUUGCUGCGGAAACAACAAUUGAAAAGCACUCACAACGUAUUCUGUAAGAUGAAAAGGGUUGAAGCACGCCCUGUCUCUUUUUGCCCCUCCCCCCCUCACCGUAAAUUGUAAGACUCUCCGGAGAUUGAGUUAGGAAAAUAUUAUAUAUCAUAAUAUAUAUAACUAUUUCUCUGCAAGCAAAUAUUAGCUUAUUAUCAAUUACUCCAUUAUUAUUAUUUUUUUGUUUUGUAUCAUUAUUGAUCAAAUACACAAACACACACGAUCGACAUUUAUAUUUACAGCUUUAGGUAGAAUCUAUUGUUCACCCCCCUCACUACCGCAAUAAAUGAUCCGGCAAACAGCAUCGUAGCGGCGCAAGAAUUCAAGUUCUCUUCAACCCCCCCUGUCCAGUUCUCAACUCUCCGAAUAGACUAGAAUCGGACCACUUGCAAAUUUUGAAUGUUUGUAGAUGAUGAUUCACACACACACACACUAAAACACGACGCGCUCUUUAGCUUCCGCAUAAUUCGCUUGAAAUCCGAUCCAAACGGUACUCUAUUGUGCAGAGAAUAUCAUCAGGCAGAAAUAUUAAACAAUACGCUUUAUUUUUUAUUAUUAUUUCCUUCAACUAGAAAACAAAAACACAACUUUUUGCGUGUGUUUCGAAGCAGCACGUUGCUCCAAAAUUUAAAUUGUAAAUAAGCGCAGCAAACAAAACAAAAGCAAAACUCGCCUCCCAAGCUGUUAUUUCCCAAGGAAAAACCCCGUUAUUUUUGCACCAUUUUGGCACUCCGUAUUAUUGGAUCUUAUUCGCUUGGCCAAAAAAAAAAAAAAACAAAAAAGAAAUCUGUUAAA